CAAUCAGAUUGGUUGGCAGAUUCAGGUGGUAAGCCCUGAUCCUGCCUCUGACUGUAACGGCCCAGAGAGCUCUGCUCUCCCUCGUAGUGUAUUUUUUAGUCCUGCUUCGGUUGCUUCUCUUCCCCUCUGCCGCCAUUAAACCCCGUCAGCUUGAUGUUUGGGAAUCGGGGAAAAGGAUAACAAUGAUUUAACGCGUCAAACCAGACGGCCGAGGGACGGGACUAGGGGGGGGUUCUGGCUCCGCGAGUACAGCUUGCUUUGUGACCUCCUUAAGAGUGGAUCUGCCGAGCUGAGAACCCCUCUGAACGGCAGGAAGCCUCCCUCAGCGGUGGUGCGACGAUGACCGAGCUGGUUGCCAAGUGGGCCUGUGAAUACUGCACAUACGAGAACUGGCCGUCAGCCAUCAAGUGCACCAUGUGCCGUGCUCAGAGGCCCAGCGGGGGUGCCAUCAUUACUGAGGAGCCCUUCAAGAGCAGCCCAGCUCUGGAUGCCAGUCUGCACCAAUGGGACCCUGCAGGCCUCAGCAACAGCCCAACCCAGGGGGGCUCCAGCUUACUCAUUUGUCCAGACUCCAGUGCCCGACCCCGUGUACGCAUUGCUGAUGUACCUGAGACUAGUAGCAAGUGGUCGUGCCAGAUGUGCACCUACUUGAACUGGCCUCGGGCCAUCCGUUGCACCCAGUGCUUGUGCCAGAGGCAACAACAACAACAGCAUGGGCAACAUGCAUCCCAUCAGGGACAUCAUACCCAGCACCCACGCAGCCCCACAGAAUCACCCCAGACCUCAGGCUCUGGUUGCCGCCUGGCUUCCCCAGCCACAACUACAGACCCCUGUGAGGAAUAUAAUGACCGAAACAGGCUCAACACUCAUGCACAACACUGGACCUGCACUGCUUGCACUUACGAGAACUGGGCCAAGACACUCAAGUGUGUGGUGUGUGACCAUCCCAGGCCAAAUAGUCUGCUAACAGAACCCAUCGAGCUGGCAUCAGAACCUCCGAGCCAACAACCUUCCUUAAAACUUAAUGAACAGGACAGGGACAACAAGAGGGGUGUUGUUGGUCAUAUGGUUGGGCAAGGAGUAGGGAGUGUGGUCAGUGUGGUGGGGGGUUGUAGCAGCAGCCAAAGGAGGUCACCCCCUACCUCAAAACGGGAGUCAGAGGUGAACAUGGACUUUCAGAGGAUUGAACUGGCAUCGGGGGCUGGGAUAGGGAGCAAAGAGGAGCUGGAGGUGGAUUUCAAAAAACUGAAGCAGAUUAAGAACAGAAUGAGAAGGACUGAUUGGCUGUUCCUCAAUGCCUGUGUUGGUGUUGUGGAAGGUGACCUGUCAGCUGUGGAGGCCUACAAGUCAUCGGGAGGAGACAUUGCACGACAGCUAACAUCAGACGAGGUGCGCCUAUUAAAUCGGUCCUCAGCAUUUGAUGACGGCUUCACGCUGGUUCACCUAGCCAUCCGCUUCCAGAGACAGGACAUGCUGGCUGUGUUACUUACGGAGCUCAUUGGACGUUGUUCUGUCUUACUGAGCAAGGCUCUGUUCAGCCUCUUCAAGGCAUCAAGUUUUUCAAAGAGAUCCAAUGCUCAACUUCUCCUCCCCUCUUGUUUAGAACUGGAAGAGGAGUCUCCCAUAAUUAACUGGUCCCUGGAACUCGGGACCAGGUUGGACAGUAGAUUGUACGCCCUGUGGAAUCGCACGGCUGGGGACUGUCUCCUCGACUCCGUGCUGCAGGCUACAUGGGGCAUCUAUGACAAAGACUCAGUCCUCCGCAAGACCCUCCACGACAGCCUGCAUGACUGUUCUCAUUGGUUUUACACGCGCUGGAAGGAGUGGGAGUCGUGGUAUUCCCAGAGCUUCGGCCUGCACUUUUCGCUUCGGGAGGAACAGUGGCAAGAAGACUGGGCUUUCAUCCUUUCCCUGGCUAGUCAGCCAGGAUCCAGCUUGGAGCAGACCCACAUUUUUGUUCUUGCACACAUACUUCGUAGGCCUAUUAUUGUCUAUGGAGUGAAGUAUUACAAAAGUUUCCGUGGAGAGACGCUUGGGUACACCCGUUUUCAAGGGGUGUACUUGCCCCUUUUGUGGGAGCAAAGUUUCUGCUGGAAGAGCCCUAUUGCUCUGGGCUACACGCGGGGCCACUUCUCCGCACUGGUGGCCAUGGAGAACGACGGCUUCGACAAUCGCGGCGCGGGCGCCAACCUCAACACAGACGAUGACGUGACCGUCACGUUCCUGCCGCUAGUGGACAGCGAGAGGAAGCUGCUUCACAUUCACUUCCUGUCAGCACAGGAAAUGGGUAAUGAAGAGCAACAGGAGAAGCUGCUGCGGGAGUGGCUGGACUGCUGUGUGACGGAGGGCGGGGUUUUGGUUUCUCUUCAGAAAAGCUCCCGCCGUCGCAACCACCCACUUGUCACCCAGAUGGUGGAGAAAUGGCUAGACGGCUACCGGCAGAUCCGCCCCUGCGCCUCUUUGUCUGACGGCGAAGAGGAGGAAGACGAUGAUGACGAGUGACAAAACUGAAGCGGGUGGGAGGCUGUCUGCGGGGGGCGGGACUCCUCCCUCUUGCAGUUCUCUUUAAUUUUGUUUUCCUUAACGGACACGGACAAACUGUGAAAGCCUUCGGGAGAGAACAGGGAACCACGAGCCCCCACCCACCUACCACAUCUGACUGAAGACACUGCUACUCUUUUAGCACGCACAGGAACUCGGACUUUAACUUAAAACCAGAGACCGACAAACUCAACUGCUGCGAAACAGAUUUGGGGAGAGAAUAAAGGUUUACGAAUGCAAAUGCCCUUUGGAUUUUGAUUUUCAAAUAUAAAGGAAAAAAGGAAUCUUUAAUACAUAGAUGUAAAUGCAUGUGGUUGUUUAAAAAAAAAAAGAGAAUAUAAGGAAAUAUACCAGCAAUGAUUCAAAUCAACACUUUAUAUCUGUUCAGUGUGGGCACUGACAAAAGCACACUUCUUCUCAAUCCUUUUUUUGUCCCAUUUAAGAGUUGGCUUAUUUAGCUUUUUUUUUUUUUUUUGAAUGGGCAGGGACAAAGCCAAUAAAUAUAUCUAUAGAAAACCAGAGGUUGUGUAACAAUAAAUUACUUUAAUCCUUAUCACUUAGCACUGCACAUUUAUUAAAACAUUUCUAUAUAAAUACAGUAUCAUUGCUUGAAUAAAGGUCAUAUAUGAAGUUCUUGAAAAGGGAGAUUUUCCCUUUACAAGUCCAAUCUACACUCGUUAAGUUUUAGCACAUAAACAUUAAUGUUGGAUCUUUUGGUUUACCUUUUUUCAGACUGAGUGAAGUUGUGUGUGUGUGUGCGCGCGUGUGGUUAUUCUUCUCUGAACUUACUUUAAAUAUUUAUUGUUAGAAAAACUUAUAUGAGCUAAUAAGAGCUUUCUGUAUAUUUUUACUGCUUUUUGUGGUUUUGUUAAUUAUUCUCAACCUUGAUGAAGACACGUUGCACAGAAACAUUGUUGCUGUGAGGGAAGAACCAAUCAUGACCAUCAGUGAAAGGUUUACUUGCGUUGUUGCGUGAGGUUAAGUACCUCAUGUGAAUGCCUCAAAUCUGGUGCUUUUCUUUUGGUCAGGCGAGUGUGGGACACAUUCAGUGUCAACAGAAACCCCGGGGUCACACUUGUCUCAUCGUUGUCUCCUACUUCCUUUUUGUUCUUAUUUUUCUUAUUUCUCUAAGCAUUUUCGUCACCCUCAUGGUACAUGUCAGUUCCCCUCUUCUGUAACGCCUGUUUGUUGUCAUUAUGUGAAACCAUCUUUUAAGUUUUUGAUUAAGAUUGUUGUGAGACUGCAACAUAUUAAACCAAAGCUGACAGAAAAAAAGAAGAAAAACACGAGUUGUUACUUUUUUGCUGUGAAUGUUUUGCAUUUAGUUUUUUUCUUGCCAUUGCGUACUGUAACCUCUUUGGUGUUUCAUUCAAGUCAUUCACGUUUUUGAGCAUCACCUGUAUGUUGCUUUGUAUUUAAUGCAAUAGUUGCAGUUGUGACUAUGAUGGUUUGUGGAUUUUGGCCUGACUUCACUAUACAGAGUGUUACGCAAUGAACAGGCAAAAUAAGGAA